AUUUUUUUCUUCUUUUUUUCGUUUCAUUCUCAAAGAAACAGAAACCAAACACAACUCUCAUAUCUCAAUCUCCUUUUUCUUAAUUCUCUCACUUUUCUUUUUCUCCUAAUUUGAGUCCAUGUGUGAUUCCUCCUUUGUUCUAUUCUUUAUAACACAUUAGAUAGAAAAGAAUCUUCUUUUUUUUUUUGCAUGAUUGAAUAUAUAGAAUAACAAGAAUAUUAAAGAUUUAUAUCAGAUAUGGGGAUGAGGCUAGAUGAAGAAUUUGGAGCAGACAGGGUGUUACAAAUUGAAACAGAUGAUGAAGAGAAUGAGGCACAUGAUACCAUUGAUGGAGAUGAUGAUGAUGAUGAUACUGGAUCUGAUUUCACCAGUCAUUCUCCACAGGCACCUUUUCUUGGAGCUCAUGAUUCUCCUACUUGGCCUCAAAGUUAUAGGAAGUCAAUGGACAUGUUCACAGGUGUGACACCUCCUUCACUGAGCUUUUUAAAGGGAAGCUCAUUGUUGAGUUCAGCAUACAUGAGGUCUCAGAAUCCAACACCUCAACAUUCCCUUUGUAAACCUCUCAUUUCUUCUCAAAGCUUAGACAAGGAAGAAGUUCCAACUUUGAAUCCUUCAAAGUUAUCUAUAGUUUCUUCAGCACUAUAUUCAGCACCCGAAUUGCCACCAUCAGAGCAGUGUUCAUAUACUCAAUCAGUUCUUAAUGCGGUAAAUGCGCUCUGUGGCAUAGGGAUCCUUUCUACUCCUUACGCAAUCAAAGAAGGAGGAUGGUGUAGCCUUUUUCUACUGCUUCUUUUUGGAGUCAUUACUUUCUAUACUGGAAUUCUGUUGAAAAAAUGUUUAGAAAGUUCUCCUGGUAUUGAAACCUAUCCAGAUAUCGGACAAGCUGCCUUUGGAUUGCUCGGUCGAAUAUUUAUAGCUAUAGCUUUAUACGCGGAACUAUAUUCGUCUUGCAUAGAAUAUUUGAUUAUGAUGAGCGACAACCUCGGCGCCCUAUUCCCAAAUAGUCACAUGGAAUUUGCUGGAAUUCAUCUGGAUUCUUAUCAAAUGUGUGCAAUCAUUUCAACCCUUGUCAUACUUCCAACGGUUUGGCUUAGAAAUCUCAGUUUGCUGUCUGUCAUUUCAGCCGGUGGAGUGAUUGCAUUGAUUCUCGUGGUGAUUUGCUUGUUAUGGGUCGGGGUGAUCAAUGAUGUCGGAUUUCAUCCAAGUGGAACAGCUUUAAACAUUGCAAAAUUGCCCGUCACGAUUGGUCUAUAUAGUUUUUGCUAUGGCAGCCAUUCAGUUUUCCCAAAUAUCUACUCAUCGAUGAAAGAGCCUUCAAGAUUUCCUUCUGUUCUUUUUAUAAGCUUCUCAAUUGCCUUCUUUUCGUACCUCGGAGUAGCAGUUUGUGGCUUUUUAAUGUUUGGUGAAAACACAAAUCCACAGUUCACUUUGAAUUUGCCAGCAAAACUUGUUACUUCAAAAGUUGCAGCUUGGACAGUGGUCGUAACCCCUUUAACAAAAUACGCGAUAACAAUUACUCCAGUAGCUUUUGGCAUCGAAGAAUUCUUACCUUCACCGCAGCUUAGAACUUAUGGUGUAUCCAUACUCAUCAGAACACUUUUGGUGUUUUCAACACUGGCCAUUUCAUUGUCAGUUCCAUAUUUUGGUUCUGUAAUGUCAUUGAUUGGAUCUUCACUAGUAAUGCUUGUGUCUUUAAUCCUUCCUUGUGCAUGCUACAUUAAACUAAGCAAGGAUCGAAUCACGCGAUUUCAGCUUGGAGCUUGCAGUUUCAUCAUAGUGGUGGGACUGGUUUCUGCUGUUAUUGGAACAUAUUCUGCACUCACAAGCAUGGCCUAGUUUGAAGACGGAAGGCAUGGUCUUGAUAUUGAUAGAGUAAAUAGAUCUGUCAUUUCUUGAAAUCUCUCUUGUGAUUCAAAAUAGUAGUUGCAAGAGUUGGUUUCUUGUACACUAUGCACAGUGUAGCAUUGGUCAAAAAGCAUAGAUCAAAAUUCAAAUGUCAAAAGUGAAAUAGAAAAACCAGAGUACCAAAUUUGUAGAAUCUUUCGAGCGAUGAUGAAAAAGUUACAAUUAGCGGGGGAUUAUAUUUGCUUUGUGACUCUUCUGUUGUUUUUCAAGCCCUUUUUAUUGUAACUAAUCAUUGUAAGAGUAGUUAAUCACAUUGUUACCUCAUGAUUUAGCAGAUAACUAGACAAGCAAAUUGUUAUUGA